AUGGUGUGGCAUGCUGCAGUUCUUGUUUUGCUGGGAGUCUUUUGGACUCAGGCUUCUUCUGCAUUGGAGACCUUUCUCCUGCAAGAACCUGGCAGUCGCUAUGUCACUGCAACUAUGACAAUCCACAGUGACAAACACAUUGUUGAUGUCCAUGUCCGUUCUGGUGUGUACUCCUCUGAUACCAUCUUCGACUACUCACGUGGGUAUAUUGCAACAAGGUUAUUUGCACGAAAUGCCUGCUUUAUCAUUAAAAUAGAUAAGGAAUACAUCCCAGAGCUGGACGAAAUUGGACGCCUGGCAUUUGAGAAAAAGACUAUGAAGACAGUGUACUCUCCACAUAAUGUGUGGGUACAGUUUCAACCUGGCAGUUCCAGGCUUGGGAAUUUCAAGGACUGGAUCCUCUAUGGUAAAGCCAUUGAACACCUCUGCACAGGUCUGCCUCUCUACCAGCUUGAAAAGACUGAGACACUACCAAGUUUUAAUACCUGUGCCAGAGCAGGAAUUCCAAGCAUUCUGGGCCUUAAUGUCUGUGAAAGAUUACAGUAG